AUGGAAGUUUACAAAAACCCCAAGCCAUUGUGCUUCUCUCUACUUCUUAGCCUUUCGCUCUUCUUAUUUGUUUUUGCCUCAUCUUUUGUAGAUGCAAAAAUUCUUCAACAUGACUUUGUGGUCCAAGAAACGACAGUGAAGAGGCAGUGCAAUAGCCAUAACAGAAUCACAGUGAAUGAAAUGUUUCCAGGACCAACCUUGGAAGUAAACAAUGGAGACACUCUAGUCGUUAACGUCAUGAAUAAAGGACAAUAUAAUGUCACUAUCCAUUGGCAUGGUGUUCGACAAAUGCGAUCUGGAUGGGCAGAUGGGCCGGAAUUUGUGACCCAGUGUCCCAUAAGGCCAGGCAAGAGUUACACCUACCGAUUCACUAUCCAGGGACAGGAAGGCACAUUGUGGUGGCAUGCUCACAGUUCUUGGCUCAGAGCCACUGUUUAUGGUGCUCUUAUUAUCCAUCCCCAAGAUGGUUCUUCCUACCCUUUCACUACCCCUAAGCGUGAAGCUCCCAUUCUUCUUGGAGAAUGGUGGAAUGCGAACCCCAUUGAUGUGAUAAGAGAGGCAACCCAAACCGGUGGCACUCCAAACGUCUCCGAUGCCUAUACCAUCAACGGUCAACUGGGCGACCUCUACAACUGCUCCAGCCAAGACACGGUGGUAAUUCCGGUGGAUUCCGGCGAGACGAACCUCCUACGGGUGAUCAAUGCGGCGUUGAACCAACAGCUCUUCUUCACAGUUGCCAACCACAAGCUCACGGUGGUGGGCGCUGAUGCUUCCUACUUAAAACCUUUCACCACCUCAGUAAUCAUGCUGGGGCCAGGCCAAACCACUGACGUCCUCAUCACCGCCGAUCAAACCCCCGCCCGCUACUACAUUGCUGCUCGUGCCUACAACAGUGCUCAGGGGGCACCUUUCGACAACACCACUACCACCGCCAUCCUCCAAUACAAGUCCGCCACCCCUUGUUGCUCCACUUCUCCAGUUUUUCCCUCCUUACCCGCUUACAACGACACCAACACUGCCACCACCUUCGCCGCCAGCUUUAGAAGCCGCACCAAGGCCGAAGUCCCCACCGACAUUGACGACAACUUGUUCUUCACCGUCGGCUUAGGGCUCUUAAACUGUCCACCUGGGGCUAGUGCUAGCAAUUGUCAAGCCCCCAAUCGUACCCGUUUCACUGCUAGCAUGAACAACGUUUCUUUUGCUCUCCCCUCCAAUUUCUCCCUUCUCCAAGCCCACCAGCAAGGUAUCCCGGGAGUGUUCACUACCGAUUUCCCUGCAGCGCCGUCUCUGCAAUUCGACUACACCGGUAAUGUUAGCCGCUCACUCUGGCAACCUGUUCGAGGGACCAAAUUGUACAAAUUGAAGUAUGGUUCUAGGGUACAACUAGUCUUGCAGGGUACAAGCAUCUUCACUGCAGAGAAUCACCCAAUUCAUCUUCAUGGCUAUGAUUUCUACAUCAUUGCUCAGGGUUUUGGGAAUUUCAAUUCAAAAACUGAUACUUCAAAAUUCAACCUUGUUGAUCCGCCACUGAGGAAUACGGUUGGAGUACCUGUGAAUGGAUGGGCUGUGAUUCGAUUUGUUGCUGAUAAUCCAGGAGUUUGGCUGAUGCAUUGUCACUUGGAUGUUCAUCUCAAUUGGGGAUUGGCUAUGGCUUUUCUGGUUGAAGAUGGCUUUGGAGAGUUGCAGUCCUUAGAGCCACCUCCAGAUGAUCUACCUAUUUGUUAAGCA